AUGUUGGGAUGCCUGGAAUUGUCAAAGGAAACGCCGUUUAACCUCAACUUCACAAAAUUGGAUCAAAGGGUUUCGUUUACCUCAGAUGACAUUGAAUCUCAACCUCUCGUUUCAAUUGUUCUUCAAGCCUAUGCUCUCUCAAACGCGUCCAAAUCUUCCCUCACCAAGAGGAUCACCUAUUUCGAAGUCACUCAAUGA